AUGUGGACGCGCCGCCUUGCUCAGCAGAUGGUGAGGUACGUCCCGCGUAUGGGCGUGGCGCCUCGAAGCAGGCACAUGGUGCUAGCGCGGGCGGCUCAUACUACGCCGGUGUGGGCGAAGGGCGCCGCCUCCUCCACACCGACGUACCGCGCUGGCGAGCUGCGUAUGGUCGACUAUCACCGCAUGAUCGACCACUCGCUAGAUACGCUGACAAGUCAGCUGGAGGAGCUGAUGGAGACACAGGAUAUUGAUGCAUUGGAAGAAAAAGCGCCACAGGGCAGUGAGGAAGGUGAGUGGGACGUGGAAUAUGCUACGGGUGUGAUCAAUGUGCGUCUGGGCUCGUACGGCACGUAUGUCAUCAACAAGCAGCCGCCAACGCAGCAGCUGUGGCUCUCGAGUCCGACAAGUGGCCCGAAACGCUUCGACUAUGACACGGAUAAGGGAGUGUGGUUUACGUACCGCGACGGCGAGCUGUUCCUUUUCCACGAGCUGCUGAGCCGGGAGCUUAGCGCCGUGUUUGACACGCCGCUGUCCUUGCAUCUGUAG